CCCCUUAGUGUCUCAUCAUGAAAACCCGGAAGUUACGGGUCCACAACAAGGAUGUCGUCACGUUUGUAAACUUGCAAGUUAUCGUACAAUAGGCAAUCUUAUGUUGUUCAUUUAGGAUGCAAAAUUUAGCGGAAGGUAUCUGGAUGACAUUUUAGAGCCACUUGAAUGUUCUCGCUAACAACCGUAUAGGAUUUGCGCGUGUGUCAUUGAAGGGCAUGGCGGGGUGGAUGGUGCACGGGGCUAUCCGAACCCUGCGACCCAUAGAGCGGCUAUGGCGGAAUCCUCCUGUCCGGGCUUUGCACCUGAGCCCAGCCUUGUGCGCGGGUCACAACAAGUGGUCCAAAGUCAAACACAUUAAAGGUCCUAAAGAUGAGGCAAGAGGGAAAAUGAUAGCCAAGUUUGUCAUGAUGAUCAAGGUUGCAGUGAAAGAGGGUGGACCCAAUCCAGACAUGAACGUCAAUUUAGCCCAACUCCUGGAGCAGUGCAGAAACAAGAACGUGCCAAAAGCAUCCAUCGAGACUGCAAUCAAGAAUGCGGAAAAAUCCAAGCCGGCAUCACAGCAUACGUUUGAAGCUCGUGGACCAGGUGGAUGCCUUCUGCUCAUUGAAGUUCUGACCGAUAACAGCUCACGCAGCCAGCAGGAUGUCCGACGAGCCCUCAGUAAAAACGGGGGAAUGUUAUCUGAGGGUGCCCGCUAUAACUUCAGCAAGAAGGGCGUGGUGGUGGUGCCCGCUCAGAAUGUCACAUCCGAACGAGCGCUGGAGCUGGCCAUAGAAGCUGGAGCAGAGGACGUCCAAGAGACGGAGGACGAGGACGACGACGCGCCCCUCCUGCGGUAUAUUUGUGACAACACGGACCUGCGCAAGGUUCGAGAGUCCUUGGAGGAGCUGGGGAUGAAGGUGAUGUCUGCAUCUCCUGAGUUUGUCCCUCGCAACCUCUUGCCUCUGGAUCAGGAGCAGCUGGAGGCAGCUUCCGCUCUCAUCGAUGCCCUUAGCGAUUGCCCGGACGUGGUUCGCAUCUGGGACAAUAUCCAGGCUCAGAGCUGAGACGCUUUCUGAAGACUCUGUGGACACUUUUGUAUAUUGAUCAUGUGUAAUAAUGGCACGCAGGAGAUGCUUUUUAGUCAAUGAAGCCUAUUGGAACAGUUGACCUUAAACAACUUUCUCUCUUUGUGACUCCUUGUGAAACAUUUUUGAGCCAAGAAGAUUUUGAGUGGGCCAUAAACUAAAGUCUGACAACCAUAAUAUUUGAAAUCACUCUCCUGUAAAAGGACAAAAAUGGAGUUAGCCUACUGUAGUCCUCAGUGACUCAUUCGAUCCAGCCCAGCAAGUGACUAAAACACAAAAUAAAAGAACUGCUAUAAAAA